AUGGCGCAGUCGCAGGCAAGAGACGGCGCGGGAGUCUUCAACCCUCCAUCUCCUCAUUCCUCCAAUGGGGCGGUAGAGUCUUGCAAGCACGAUGGAACUCCAGACACACGCCUCACUGCUUUUUCUCCUGAAGAGAGCUCGACAAGAUCGGCAAAACUAAUGGCCACUAUCGCAUCAGGCUCAUCUGAUGGCGGAUCAACCAACUACUCGACGAAUCAAGCUGUGCCAUACCGGAGUGACCAGUCCCCGGUUGAAAGGGAUCCAUUCGUGUCAACUGAUACACCCGCAAGGAAACAAGAACAGAAGCUGUCUGCCACCGCAUCCGCUUUUCGCCCAUACGGUUCACCACUCAUCGCCCAGGGAUCAGGUGAUGCGGCCUCGGAGUUUUCGCCAGGCAAGGCAUCAUCCAUCCAGCAGACAAUCCCGUCAAUACCCACAACGUUGAGCACUGAAGGACUUCUUUCUCGAUGCAUUGUUGUAUCAUCCUCGUCGCAACUCGUUGGUCAGAACGACCUUGAGCUUUUGCUUUCGAAAUUGGGUCAACUUGGUUCUCCAUGCCAAGGAACAAGGCGUAUCAUCGUCAAGGGUCCUGCGGCAUAUGUUCGAUUCUCGAACAUCAGGGACUCAUGCAUGGUUCACCGCAAUAUUCUACUCGGAGGACCUUCUUGGGUAGCUGGGUUUGUGCCACCUGUUGAGUUUGUCCAGCUCACUGGAGCCAGCGAUAAUCUGACAACAAAUUACGAGGCCCAGCUUGAUGUCUUGGCCGUUGGCCGAACGGACUGUGAACAACAAGUAGAGUCUCUGGUUGCUGGACUUCUUUGUUCAGAGGGAGACGUUUUCGCACUCCAGAAGACUCCUAGCCCUGAGCGCUGUGUCUACAAAGCUGUACUUGAGUAUGCUGACACGGCUGUGGCUUUUGGCGUUAUUUCCAAGUACAACGGUAUCACUGUCAAUGACAUUGCCAUUACCACCUCAUUCCACCAGAGUGAAGGGCUCAGCCUUGGCCCGGAAAUCCUUGGUGGUAUGGCUACGCCGAUCUCAACUCCAGUGGCAACCCCCGUCAGAUCGUCAACUUUUCAGGGGUACGAGCAAGAUAUCUUCUCGGGACUCUCUAUGACCAAGAUGCAGCAGUCGGCUGUUCCCCUCAAUACUCCUGGAUAUCCAUCUACCCCGCGAGUUAAUCUGCCACUUAGCCCACAAUAUCCCCUCUACCGACCCAUGGUCUUCCAGCACUUCUCUGUGCCCACCACAUACACACUGAACAGAAUUCCCGCCCAGAGCCCUCCCUCAUCGAGCAUACAGGGUUACCCAUGUGUCACGCCAAUCUAUUCAAGUCCACAGAGCCCGGUGGUCCUAUCUCCACAGCAAGACUUCACGUCUCCCAGGCAGCUUCAAGGCUUCAGCCGGCCAGAUAACCGCCGCCAGAAUGCGACACGCGUACAUCGCUCUUCGUACUACAACGUUGCCGGGCACCAUAAUCAUGUAGAUGUCAACCGCAUCAGAGAAGGCACUGAUGUCCGCACAACUAUUAUGCUGCGAAAUAUUCCCAACAAGGUUGAUCAGGCGAUGCUGAAGCGUAUCGUUGACGAAUCAAGCUGGGGCAAGUACGACUUUAUGUACUUGAGAAUCGACUUUGCCAACGACUGUAAUGUUGGCUACGCAUUCAUCAACUUUGUGGAUCCACUUGACAUCAUUGACUUUGUCAACGCGCGUGGAAACCAGCGCUGGAACUGUUUCAAGAGCGACAAGGUCGCCGAGAUAUCUUACGCAACGAUUCAGGGCAAAGACUGCUUGGUGCAGAAGUUCCGCAACAGCUCGGUCAUGCUGGAAGCUGCUCAUUAUCGUCCUAAGCUCUUCUUCACCUCCAAUGGCCCAAUGCCUGAGCUAGCAGGGCAAGAGGAACCAUUCCCCGACCCUGACAACCAGUCAAAGAUGAAGAGAAGCUGUGAGAAUGCAGAGCACGUCGGACUCUUCACCCCCAAUGCCGGCCAGCACUUCCGUGAUGAGCAACGUCGUCGCCGCUCUCAGUACGAUCGUGGAACUAGACUGGCAGCCCUUGAAGAAUACGACUACGAGACCGCAAUCCAGCACCUUUAUGUCGGACAGUAAACUAAAGCCAAAACCAAUGCUCCCAACACUCUUUCAAGCCGACUUGAGAUCAACCCCGAAAGUAUCAUUACCGGCACAAACACAUUGAG